AUGUACAUUUAUGAGCUUAUCACUGUUGGACAAUGUGGUGGUUUGGUUCUCUUCUGGAACUCAAAAACUGUUCGCAUUGAUGUUUUAGAACCACAUGCUAGAUUCAUACACUGCUUAAUGACUAAUGUUAAUACUAAUCAGACCACCUAUAUUACUUUUGUGUAUGCUUAUCCACAAAAAGACAAACAGAAGGAUUUUUGGGAAGAGUUGGCUAGAUUGAAAUCGGCCAACAGAGAUUGUUGGGCUCUUAUGGGAGAUUUUAACAUCAUUACUACACUUGAGGAAAAACUUGGUGGUAACCAAGUAGUAACGACCUAUAUGCUAAAUUUUAAUAAUUUCCUCAAUACUGUGGAUCGUUUUUCCCUACGUGCUGCAGGUCUGCCGUUUACUUGGACAAAUAAAAAUGAGAAUGAUUCUUUGAUGUUUGAAAGACUUGACAGAGUCUGUGUUAAUACUAAUUUCAUUAACACGUUUUCGGAUACGAAGCUGGAAAAUCUUCCUAUCAUAGGGUCGGACCAUGGGCCUAUUUUCUUAACUGUAGGCACUGAAAGGAAGAGGAAAAUUAGGCCUUUUAGGUUCGAGGCUAUGUGGCUCUCCCAUGAGGAUUUUAAACCACUGGUUAAUUCCAUUUGGACACAACAGCUUAAUAAUAAUCCCUUGUUAAAUUUUGUUACAAUUGCAGGGCAAUUUGGUAUUAAGGCACGUGGUUGGAGCAAAUCUACGUUUGUAAAUCUCUUUCGGAAGCUGGAGGAAUUGUAUGAACACAGUUAUACUAUUCAACAACAACUUAUGGCUAACCCUUCUUCUACUUAUUUACAUGAACAGGAUUUGCAAGUCAGGAGGGAGCUUAAACAACUCUAUAGUAAUGAAGAGGUGUUCUGGGCUCAGAGGGCAAAAGCCAAUUGGCUUUCACUGGGUGAUAGAAAUACAAAGUUCUUCCAGGUCACUAAGGAGGAAAUCUAUAAUGCUGUACAUUCAAUUGGAAUCCUGAAGGCGCCGGGUCCAGAUGGCUUACAUGCCUCUUUCUAUCAAAAUUGCUGGGAUGAGGUGAAAGGUACCUUAAUCCCCAUGAUUGAACAAGUUUUUAGCAAUAGCAACUCCAUUCACUUAAUUAAUCACACAAAUAUUGCCCUCAUACCUAAGGUUGACAACCCGGAUAAGGUAAAUGAUUUUAGACCUAUUAGUCUUUGCAAUGUCUCUUAUAAGAUUAUAACAAAAAUUUUGAUUAAGAGGUUAAGACCUUUACUUCAUAAAUGCAUCUCAAGAAAUCAAGGUGCUUUUGCCCCUGGUCGAGCUAUCCAGGAUAAUAUCCUCAUUGCUCAUGAACUGUUUUCGGACUUUCACCGCAGGAAGGAAAAAAGAGGUGCCAUGGCUGUUAAACUUGAUUUAGAGAAAGCUUAUGACUACAUUAACUGGUCCUAUCUACAAUUGUGUUUACAGAAAUUUGGCUUUAAUGAUUCCUGGAUACAUUUGAUAAUGCACUGCAUUUCUUCUGUCUCUUUCUCGAUCCUUGUCAACAGUGAGGCUCAAGGGUGGUUUAAGCCAUCUAGGGGCAUAAGACAAGGUGAUCCACUUUCUCUUUACUUAUUUAUUUUGGCUAUGGAACCGUUUAUUAGACAUCUUAAUGCUCUAGCACAAAACUGCAAAUCCCAGGUGGGGAUCUUAUCCUCCCCUCUUGGAUUUCGAAUCUCUAAUUUAAUGUUUGCAGAUGAUUUUCUUAUUUUUGCUAAAUGCACUACAAAGGGUGCCAGAGCUAUAGCUGACAUCUUAACAAAGUUCUCCAAUGCCUCAGGUCAGAGGAUCAAUUACCAUAAGUCCUCAUUAUAUUUCUCUUCUGGGGUAAGUACAACUACAAAACGUGAUUUUGUGAACAUUCUACAAAUACAGCAAAAGACCACUAUUGGGAAAUAUCUUGGUAUCCAAAAUGUAAUUUUUUGGAAGGAUCCCAUUAAUGCAAAGGAAUUACUUAUGAAAAUUUCAAACAAAUUAGCUGGCUGGAAAAAAGGUUCCCUUUCGAGGGCAGGUAGAUUAACUGUUAUUAAGUCUAAUCUGUCUAGCAUUCCUAACCAUAUCAUGACUUGUUUCAGGUGUCCCAAGAAUGUAACCAAGGAGAUAGAUAGACAAGCAAAGGACUUUUUCUGGGGUUCGGAUACCAAAUGCCCACCGGUAGCUUGGGAGCAAAUAUGUAGACCUAAAACCUUGGAGGGGCUAGGAAUUAGACCUGCGGGGUUUUUCAACAAUGCAGCACUAGGGAAAUUGGCUUGGAAAAUUAUCAAUGAUCAGGACAACUGGUGGGCGCAAAUCAUUAGAAAGAAAUACCUAAGAAAAGUCAAUUUCUUCCAAGCGAAGAAAAAACAGAGGAAUUCUAUAGCCUGGAAUGGAAUACUGGACACAAGUCAGCUGCUUCUCAAAGAUACUGUCGACGAUUACAUUAUCAACGGAGGUUGGAACAGGCACAAACUGGCUUCUGUUCUAAGUAGGCCUAUUGUUAACCAGAUCAUGGGUAUUCCCAUUCCAGUCUCAGAACAAAAGGAUGAGUACGUCUGGGGCUCGGCAGCUCAAGCCAAAAAUCAAAUUGUUUGGCUGGCUCCUUAUCCGUGGAAGACUGAAACUAGAGAUUGGCUUUCAAAGUUUGGAACGUUAGAUGAUAAUACUUGUCCUCUGUGUCAAGAAGAUAAUGAAAUAGUGAACCACUUAUUUGGUUACUGUAAAUUCUCUUCAGAAGUUUGGAAGUUGGCAAAUGUUGAUACCCCAAUAAAAUGGGAAGAAGGUUACCUUAAGGUUAUAACUAUUUGUUGGCACAUCUGGAAAGCGAGAAAUGAUGUCAUCUUCAGGAACUCCUCUCUUAACCCGAGAACGGUCUCUAUAGCUGCUGCUGCAACUGUGCUCGGUAGCUCAACCCACCUGGCCACAGUUCGAAGGGCGUUGCCAAGCCACCAAACAAACUCGAUACAUUGGCAGCCUCCUUCUAGAGGUUUCACCAAAAUAAACUUUGACGGAUUUGUUUGCUCGGAGUCUGCUGCUGGGGGCUUUGUGCUAAGAGAUACUGACAGGAGGCCCUUGAUAGCGGUGACUAGAAAUUUGGGGAGAACCACAGUUCCAGUUGCGGAAGCUAUUGCCUUGCGUAAUAGUUUAGCCUGUGCUCGGGACAGAGGUUACAAAAGGAUCGAGGUUGAAGGAGACUCUAAACUUGUAAUUGAUGCGGUCACCGACAACAUCAGCCCGCCUUGGAGACUAAUCACUUUUGUUAGUGAUAUCAAGGAGAUUGCCUCUUGCUUUGAUUCUAUUUCCUUUAAACAUGUGUUUAGAGAGGCAAACUUUGUAGCCGAUGCGGUUGCAAAUUUAGGACAUACUAUUACCUCUGAAGCUACCUGGUCUGGGAAUUUCCCGGCCGGUGCUUCUCGAGCCUUGCUGUUUGAUCAUGUAAACUCUGGUUGUCCCAGAGGUUUUAGUCUUUAA